UUACAGCCUGAGUGAAUACGGUGUUGUCUUUGACUAGUGCAUUACCAUUGUACGACAUGGCCGUCUUCAUGAUAAACAUCUGUAAAUUUAAUGGCUGUGGCAUAACAUUUCCAAGAUUAGCGGACCUAAUUGAACACAUCGAAGAUGUUCAUAUCGAUUACGAUCCGGCAGUAGUAGAACAAAAAGAAGCAUCACAACCAGCAUGUAUUCCUCUAAGCUAUGUCCUGAAAUUUAUUACGGAGGCUUCGAGGCGGGAAAACCAAAACACAGCUCCGGCACCCGACGUCCGCCGCCGCCUCUUGUCUGCGCCCAAGACACCUUCAGUCCGCAGCAGCACACCAACCGGGAGCGAGAUGGAUGAAGACGAACUGGUGAGUCCAUCUGAAGACAGCAACGACUCAUGGACGACGGCCGAGGAGUACAGCUCUGAGUUCAUACUGCGAUAUGGCGUCAAAAUGAAUGCUAGCGCGUCAUCCGGAGCCCUGGGUCCCGCUGCCCAAGAGAAGCCGUUUGCCUGUCCCGUUCCUGGAUGCAAGAAGAGAUACAAGAACGUCAAUGGCAUCAAGUAUCAUUCCAAGAAUGGCCAUAAGAAGGAUGGGAAGGUAAAAAAGGCCUACAGAUGCCAAUGCGGCAAAAGCUACAAAACGGCGCAAGGGCUUAAGAGCCACUCGAUAUCUCAGCACAUUGCGUCCAGCCAGCCGUCGACGUCGGAGCCGCACAAGCUGCACGCGCCCAAGAUGCCCGGCCUCGUCGUCACCAGCUCGCCCGCUCACUCGCGCACACUCAACCUCCUGGACGCUUCGGACAACAAGCUCGUGCGGAUCUAUGAUACUAUCAAGAGCAAGGAUCUGCCCGCUUUCUCUGUGCCCAAGCACGUGAGCGUGGUGGCGCGCCACGCGGGGCUGCUGGCGCCCGCCGCCGCCGGGCCCAAGCUCGCCCUGCACCCGCAUGCGCUGCCGCAGCUCGCCUCGCUCUACGCUACCGACGCCACCAACUGAACGGCCCCACAGGUACACCAAACGAAUUUAAGUCACUAGUAUAGUUUAUACAUGCAGUUCCUAUAAAAAAAUGUGAAAAAAAAGUUCAUUUUCAUCACAUAUUUUUAUUAUUAUUAGUUUAUUUAGUAUUGUUUGAUUAACUCGUUACAUGAAGGUGUUUUAGAUCGCUGAUUGAGCUUGUGCAUGCUUUUAAUUCGUAUGUUGCACAAAUAACGCUAUCGCACCUUCGUAUAAAGAGCUAGAAGAUUGUUUCUCAAAGAGAUAGGAGAGUUAUUUAUUUGUUUUUGUUUGAGAUUUUAUGUUGAUUAGUGUGUAUGUAUAAGUUAUUGGAACGCUAAUUUUUAGUAUAGUUUUUUUAUUGAUUUGGAGAUGCAGUGGGACCAAGUUAGUUGAAUUGUUGAUUGUAAUUUCGUUUGGUAUGUUUUCAUCUGCUGUAUCGCCUGUACUCUGUGUAAUUAAUAUUACACAGUGGUACGGGUUGGUCACGUAAGUCGGUCUCCACUGCACCUCGUGUAUGCGGCUGUGUGAUCUGUCGAUAUUCGUCUCAGUAUACGUAUCACGAACGACAGGUUGUACAAAUAUAUAUCUACCGUAAUCCUAAAGAGUAAAAGGAAUUAUUUUAUUAUUUUAAUGUAAGUGUCUUCCCCGCUCGAUUAUUACCUAUAUAUAAAAUUUUCUGUGAUCUCUAUAUAUCGGGGGAGUUGAUGAUUGUGUACUCUAAAUACUUGUAGGCGUAUGUUAUAGGUAAAUGUAUGACAUCCCUUCGUAUCUCUUUGUGCCAUUACUUCUAACAUGUGUACUUAAUCGUAUAUUUCACGCGAAACGCUUUACGUUCAUAUGGUUUCUCAUAAGAUUUCACUAUGUUAGAUUUUGUAAAUUAAGAGAAAAAAAACAAAACAAAGAAAAAAUAGCGUUCACUUUAAUAUCUUUUGAAGCUAGAGUAAAAGUCAUACUCGUAAAUGUGAUAUGGUAUUUAGAAAAAAGUAAAAAAAAAAUGCUUAUAAGCGUACACGUAUUUAAAAUACCUAGUUUUUAAGGCUGGCAAUGUUUGUUCGUUAUCUGUAUGAUUAGAUGUGCGUUUUCAAGUGUUAAGGUUUUGGUGCCUUUUGAUUUUUUUACGUUUGUUCAAUUGGUUUCGCGAUGUAGUGUAAGUACUGAUAGUGCGCUUAUCUCAUAACGUGUACGUACUCUACGAAAUGUAUACCUACAUGGUGUUCAUUUUUAGUACCUCUCACUAUGAAUUCUCGGUUCACAAAAGGAGCUUACUGUAGGGCAACGUUGCUACGAUUGCGUGCGUCUACAUAAAUACUUAUUUUUGUUAAAUUAACCAUUUAGCCAAUCAUAACGCUUCACAAAGAUUAAUACGUAAACACUAUGAAUAAACCGCUUUAACGUGUUCCUAAUGUAUGCUUCAUAGGAUAGAAACAAAGACUAAUAAAAAAUAAAUAAAAAUAGUUAAUGAUGUUUGAAAUUUUGAACCGAUAAUUUUGCUUAUGAGAUUAUACGGAAUCGUAGCAAAUGUUUGUAAGACAUUUAGUUAGGUAGGAACUAUAAUAUUCUCAAAGUAUUUCUUCACAUGAAAAAAAAUUGUUUGGCUGAUAAGCUAGGGAAAAUGGUUGAGGUGCUACCAAAGUAGUGAUUUGGCGCGUAGACUACGAAUGAUGUAAAAUAAGCAUAAAACGUAUGUGUAAAUGUCUGUUCCAAAGCGAAAUUAUAUCUAAAGAUAGUUGUAUGGUCACGGUGCUUAACGGGUAAAAAGUGUGAUAUUUGGAUUAUAAAAAGUAUGUUAGUGUGACUACCAAAGAAACGACAUUUCUUACUACGAAUAGUGUUUAUUUUAUCUGUUUCAUUAACGAACGAAGGAUAUAGUAAAUUCGCAUAUUAAAAGGUUUUUUCGGAUCAAUAAUAUAUCUUAGCCAUAAACAGGAUCCCUGUUUUAUUUCUACAACAAAUAAAAAUAAAGACAGUUGUCGUUUUGUCUAUGGGUGACUGGAACAUACAGGGGGUUGAAAAAGGAAACGGAAAUAAAUUUCAACCUUCUCAAAAAAUAACCUGUGCCCAUUAAUAUGAAUGUAUGAAAUGACUGGGGAUUAGAAGGCUGGAAAGUAGGAUUUCGCGUAACGAUUAGACUAGGUAAGGCCGCCAUGUUGCGGGUGACUGGGGAAUUAGAGCAUCGGUUCAACCAUAGACAUAGAAAAUGGACAGACAAUUUUAAAACUGGAGACAUAUAGUUUGGCUUAUAUCUAUGAUUGGGCCAUAAUAAAGCCAUUGCAAGUAGGGGGCGAAAUGUUUCAUCCCAGUUUCUAAAUAGCAUCUUUGACAGCUACUUUUCUCUGUCUAAAUUUGGAAUAUGGAUCACUGGAAGACUGAUAAUAUCUGGAAACCAGACAAGUAUUGGUCGAAUCCAAGGUUUGUUCUUUCUUGUCUAGUUCAUUCUCUAUGUCUAUGGUUACAUCAAAAUUACUAUUGCUAUCAGCUAAGUUAGGUAUAGUCUGUGUUGUGUCGCAUGUCAUUGUAUAGGACAUGUUAAUAUUACUUACGCGAGGAUAGCAAGCAUCUCAUUUGUCGUAUAUUUAUGAAACAUAUUGAUAGUACCCCAGAUUUUAAGACUAAAGUUUUUGGCCCCUACCUUAAUUAUUGCCCUAUAAAAUGAGUUGGCGAUUUUGUUAAUUGAUUAAAAUCCGUCCUCACUAUUACCCUGCACUCAAAAGUCCCUGUUCUGUUGACACCCUGCCCUCUUUUUAUAAAUGCAACCUGCACUUUUAAAACCCUUUUUGUUGAUUCCACCUGCACUUAAAAGGCCCUCUUUCUUUAGUCAACCUGCACCCAAAAUACCCCUUUUUUUGAAACACCCUGUUUGAGUUAAAAAGUGUCAUUUAGAGUCAUAUUCGUUCCAUUACUACAUGUGCGUAGUUUUAAUGUAAAUGUAUUUAAUCGUAUUGUAACUGGACAGUCCGAAAUAUAGUUAUGGCGGACUCGCUUGGAGCCGAUAAGCGCUGGCUUCCUAACUGUUAGCUUUGUGUAGAACACUCCGUGACAUUCAAAUUGUUUUUAAAUAUAUCUAAUUAGUUAUCGCACGUUAGGCCGCGUUAUAGGAACGCUAAACUACUUUUACGUAUGUUAUGUUACUUUUUUUACCGUCAAAUGAUAUAUGCUCAUUUUAAUACUAUGUCGUCUGGGUAAAAUUCAAUGAACAUUGUUAGUCAUAUUUAAUUUAAGACUGAUAGUUGGAUUAUAGAUAUUGUCUCCUUAAUUUAUUUUGUGUGCAUACGUAGAAAGACAUUUUUGUAUUGUGAGGAGGAUUUCAGUGUAAAUGAGAAUCUAACAGAUAACCAAUUUAACAUGUUUAUAUGGAAUUGUGCCGACUGUUCUCCCAAUAUCGGUCACAAGACCAAAUAAAACGAAGCUACAGAUACCACGUUGUGAGUUAUAUUUUUAUUUGUUACAUUAUUGAAAAUUUUUACUAACUAAAAGUUAUUCUUCUAUUUAUAUAUCAACGAAAAUAUGAAGUCUAAAAGACUCGGCGAAUAGUCGGUACACUUCUACAGACGUAAAAUGGGACAUCCAAUGUCUCUGUGUAAGUUUGAUUUUUAACUAAUUAUUGUCUAGUCUCCAAGAGUAAUUGAAAGUUGAUAGUAAAUUAUCAAAGAGAUUGAGAUCUGUGUGUGUCAAUUAAAAAGAAAUGACCAAUUUUAAAGUUGUUGAUUAGGGUGGAUAAAAAUUUGGAGGAAUUUUGUAAAAUUGAUAUUUGUAACACAGAGUGAAACGAGUGUCGAUGAUGUCCUCUAUGUUAUUUUUAUUUGUCAGCUCAAGAAGUUUUCCAUUCAACCGAUUAUUUGUCGAUACACUUGAUUUUGUUAUGAUUGUAUCUAUCCGUUAACGGUUGUGAAUAAUGUAUAACGUGAUGUGGUCGGUGAAGCGCUUUGUCUGUCAUUAGCUUGUUGUAGCGACACCGUGGGACACAACCCUUGUUUAAACCGUGAUUGGAAAUGGCCUUAUUAGCGAUGUGUGUUCAUUAUUUCUGCUUGUGAUAAAAGUUUGAAAUCAUUGAUGAAACUAGUUUUAUCCAAAAUAACCUGUGACGUGUGGUGUCGCUACAAAUCGAUGUUUACAGCUCUGUGUCUGAGUAUAAUGUCAUAAGUGUUGCUUAAUAUAGUUAUCUCUAAGCAUACAUUUACUCACCGACUGUCACCCAUUCAAUAAAAAUACUUUAUACAUUAUGUAACCCUUUUGUCUCAAUUCAAUAUAAUUCCAGUUUUGAAAACGA